AUGUUAAGAAUUCGUUUGUUGUUACUUUGUGUUUUUCUUUGUUGGUCACCAACAAUAUCGAUCAUUGAUGAUUUCAAUCAACUUCGAAUAACAUUUCGAACGUGGGAACAAUCUAUUGCAAUGGCUAAAUCCUUUAUUAAUCAAUUAACAUUAGAAGAAAAAUGUCAUUUGACAGCAGGUGUUGGUGGAACAUGUGCUGGUAAUAUUGCAUCAUUAGUACGCGUUAACUUUAGUGGUUUCUGUCUUCAAGAUACACCAUCAGGUGUGGGUGAUGGUGUUUUAUAUUCAACUACUUUUGCUAGUGGUAUUCAUAUUGCAGCGACAUGGGAUCGAGAUUUGUUUUAUCGACGUGCCGUGGCAAUUGGUAAAGAAUUUCGAGGUAAAGGUGUUCAUUAUGCAUUUGGUCCGAUGAUAAAUAUUGAUCGAAAUGCUCGACAUGGUCGCAAUUGGGAAGGAUUUGGUUCGGAUCCUUAUCUUUCAGGUGAAAAUGCAUACUUUUAUACUCAAGGUAUUCAAGAUCAAGGUGUUAUUGCAACAGCUAAACAUUAUAUUUGUAAUGAACAAGAUACACAUCGGAGUGGUGUGAUGAAAGGUGAUAAUGAUCCCAUUGUUUAUUCAGCUAAUCUUGAUGAUAAAACUAUGCAUGAAAUUUAUCUUUGGCCAUUUGCAUCGAGUGUUGCUGCAGGAGUAGGUUCAAUUAUGUGUUCAGCUAAUGAAAUUAAUGAAACACGAGCUUGUCAAAAUAAUAAAACACAAAAUGAUUUGUUGAAAGGAGAAUUAGGAUAUCUAGGAAAUAUAUUAACUGAUUGGAUGGGAGCAAAAUCAACAAUCGAUCCAAUUUUAUCUGGAUUAGAUAUCGAUAUGCCAGGAACUGAUGGAUAUAUGGGUGAUGUUUUAGUCAAAUUUGUUCAAAAUGGAAGUAUUCCUCAAUCAAGAAUUGAUGAUAUGGUUAUACGAAUUAUUGCACCUUAUUAUCUUGUUGGACAAGAUCAAAAUUAUCCAACAAUUGAUCUUGAUCGUAAUGUUAUGGGAAACAAUUAUCUAAUUAAUCGAGAAAUAAGUCGUGCUGGUAUGAUUUUAUUAAAGAAUAUCAAUAAUAUUUUACCAUUGAAUUCUUCUAUGAAUACAAAUAUUUAUAUAUAUGGACAAGCAGCUGGUCAAACCAACUGUGGUCUUGAACAAACAGCAUGGAAUACAAAUUGUGGAGGUGCUUUAUAUCAAGGUGGUGGUUCAGGUUUUGUUCGUCCAUCUUAUGCAAUAGAUCCUCUCACUGCAUUGAUGCAAAAAGGUCGAGAAAAUCAUUUUCAAAUUCGAUAUAUUACUAAUCAAAAUGAUUUUGUUUCAAUUAAUCGAACAUUUCAUGAUCGUGCUUUUGAAAAUGUCAUAUGUCUUGUAUUUAUUAGUGCUUGGUCAGAAGAAGGAAUUGAUCGAACUGAUUUAUAUACAUUUGAUAAUGGUGAACAACUUGUUUUAACUGUUGCUGAGAAUUGUUAUCAAACUAUUGUUCUUGUUAAUAGUGUUUCACAAUUGAAUCUUGAACGAUGGAUUGAUCAUCCAAAUGUUGUUGGAACUAUUUGGACGGGUAUGCCUGGUUCAGAAUAUGGAUAUGCUCUUGUUGAUAUUCUCUUUGGUGAUUAUAAUCCAGGUGGAAAACUUGUUUUUUCAUUGGCUAAAAAUGAUUCUGAUUUUGGAACUGAUAUUAGUUUUAUUGGAGAUUCAAAUUAUACAGAAGGUGUUUUCUUAGAUUAUCGUCAUUUUGAUAAAUAUAAUAUAACACCAAGAUAUUAUUUUGGAUAUGGUCUUUCAUAUACAAAUUUCUCAUUUAAUCAACUCAAUAUUUCACAAGUAAAUAAUGAUGAUAAUCAAAACUCUCCUUCAUCAAUUUAUAAACAACGUCGAAUAAGACUUUAUAAUAAUUUUGGUUAUUCAGGAUUAUAUGAUCCUAUUUAUACAAUUACAUGUAUAAUUAAAAAUAUUGGUAAAUUUUAUGGAUCCGAAGUUGUUCAAUUAUAUCUGAAUUUUCCUAUUGAAGCUCAAGAACCAUUGAAAAUCUUACGAGGAUUUCAACGAGUUUAUUUAGAAGUGAAUCAAUCAAAACAAGUUGCAUUAGUAUUAACACGAAAAGAUAUUUCUUAUUGGAAUGUUAUUAAUCAACAAUGGAUAAUAGCUCACGGUAAAUAUACAGUUUGGAUAUCAACUUCUGCUAAUAAUGCUGAUAUUAAACUUCAAGGUUCUUUUAAUAUUUAA